AUGGCCGACACAGAAAACGAGGAGAUUCCUCAGGAAUACGUUAAAAUUUACCUGCUCACUAAGCUGACCCCUUCCGAAGAAGCGAAUUACCUAAAAGCCAUUUCGGAGCCAGUGGACGGCUUUGACGACUCGUGGCUUCACCCUCAACUUGUCGAGUGGACCUCUAAAACCGACGGCACCCUUGAAAAAGACAUGCUGCAUCUCUAUAAAAAGAGAGAAGCAGAAAGAGAACGCGAGUACAAUGCCUUUUACUACUUUGCCGACCGUAAGAGCGUCGAUGAAGGUAGCACCAUUCUAGUUGACCGAGAUUUUGGCACGAGUGAGCUAGUCAAGGAGGCCGGUGAGCUGCUCUUCAAACUUGCCAGUGACAAUGGGAUUGAGUUGCCAGCCGUAGAUUGGUCAAACAUGGACGAUGAGUUAGAGGGUCUUGUGGGAGAGAUGGUGUCGUGGGGGGUAGCGUGGGGUAGGGAACGGGGUCCAUCAUGGAAAUCGAGUUGGACCAAUCUGGAUAUAGGGAAUAUGAAUAUAAUUGAGCUUGUGGAACUGCAUGGAGGCGAAGUGAAGCUCUUGAUGGAUCCAGAUUGGGAUUGCGAAUCCUUGCUGACAAGGUUGAGAACGUAUUCUGUUAAAACGAGGGAAAACGAACUUCAAGCUGAGCAUGACUGA